AAAGAAGGUCCUGUUGGUACCUGCACCCCAGAGUCUCUUGAAAGAAGAUGGCUGGCCUGUCAGGACAACACUCUGAGGAUUGUUCUGGUGGGGAAAACUGGAAGUGGAAAAAGUGCAACAGGAAACAGCAUCCUUGGGAGAAAAGCAUUUGAAUCUAAAAUUGCUCCUUACGCUGUUACCAAGAAAUGUCAAAGAGUAAUCCGACACUGGAAGGGUAGGGAACUUUUUGUAGUAGACACCCCAGGGCUCUUUGACACCGACGAGACACUGAAGACUGCCUGUGAGCAUAUCACCGAGUGUGCCCUCUUGACCUACCCUGGGCCCCAGGCUAUCAUCCUAGUUCUACAACUGGGCCGCUACACGGAAGAGGAGCAGAAAACAGUUGCAUUGAUCAAGAACUUCUUUGGGACAGCCAUGAAGCACAUGAUCAUCUUGUUACGCAAAGAAGAAUUGGGAGAUCAGCCACUGCAUAAGUUUAUAAAAGAAUCAGAGGUAAACCUGAAAAGUAUCAUCGAGGAGUGUGGGAACCGCUGCUGUGCCUUUAAUAACAAGCCAAGUGAUGAGGCUGAGAAGGAAGCUCAACUGCAGGAGCUGGUGGAGCUGAUAGAGGAAGUGGUACAGGAUAAUGGAGGGGCUCACUUUUCUGAUGCCAUCUACAAGUUAACAAUGGAAAUAGGGGGAAAGCUGCAACCUCAGGAAGAGGCCUUGAAGAAAUUCUAUGCUGAUCAAUUACAGAAAGAAAAUAAACAAAUUGAAGAGCAAUGUGCUAAGGGAAAAAUAUCAGCGGAAGAAAUGGAAAGAAGAAAAAAAUAUUCUGAUUGGAGGACUAAUGAAAAAACUAAAAAUAUUAAGGAGGAAGCUGAAAUAAAUAUACUUAAAGAUGUUGUUAAUUGGAUUUGGAAUAUACUUUCAAAAAUAUGGGAUAUGUUUCAAAAAUAAUGUAAAUUUUAUUUCUUAAUUUAGUAUGAUUUGUUAAUGUGGUUAAUUGUAUUUUCCAAAGAUGACUACAACAAUGUAUUCUAUCCCACCCAUUCUUCUUGUAAUCUGAGUUUAUUUUUCCUUCUGUUGAAUUAUAGGGUUUAUCCCCUAACUUGAAAUUCAAUGGACUUUGUGACUGCUUUGACAACCAGUGUGUGGUUGUGACUUCAAAAGUGAGAUAGGAAAAAUGCCUCUUUGUUCCCUAGGGUUUGUGGGCUUGGCACUUGGCAACCAUGUGGUGAGGAAGCCCCAGUUGCCCAUUGAGAGGCCAUGUGAAGAGGACUUGAAGUCACUGGCCCACUCCCCUGGCUGGUCUUUCAUCUUCCAGCAGAACCAACUUGACAGCCAUGCAAGUGAGGCAACAUGGAAGCAGAUUCUCCAGCUGCCAACUGAGCCACCUCUGACUAAGCAGCAAAGAGCAAAUAUCGGCCACCCCCACUUCAUCCUGCCCAGAUUGCA